AUGAAGGAGGACGAGCCGUGGUACGACCAGCAGGAUCUCCAGCAAGAUCUCCAGCUUGCUGCUGAGCUUGGGAAGACACUACUGGAUCGGAACACAGAGUUGGAGGAUUCUCUUCAGCAGAUGUACACGACCAAUCAGGAGCAGUUACAGGAAAUCGAGUAUCUGACCAAGCAGGUGGAGCUUCUACGGCAGAUGAAUGAACAGCAUGCAAAGGUUUAUGAGCAGUUAGAUGUCACAGCAAGGGAACUGGAGGAAACAAAUCAUAAGCUUGUUGCUGACAGCAAGGCCUCACAGCAAAAGAUUCUGAGUCUGACUGAAACAAUUGAAUGCCUGCAAACCAACAUUGAUCACCUCCAGAGCCAAGUGGAGGAGUUGAAGGCAUCUGGCCAAGGGAGAAGGAGCCAGGGGAAACUUGACCAGGAGAAGUCGGCACCCAGCUUCUCGUGUCUGAAAGAGCUGUAUGACCUCCGCCAGCACUUCGUGUAUGACCACGUGUUCGCGGAGAAGAUCACUUCCCUGCAGAGUCAGCAAAGCCCUGACGAAGAAGAAAACGAGCAUCUGAAGAAAACAGUGACAAUGUUGCAGGCCCAGCUGAGCCUGGAGCGGCAGAAGCGGGUGACCAUGGAGGAGGAGUACGGGCUGGUGCUGAAGGAGAACAGUGAACUGGAGCAGCAGCUGGGGGCCACGGAUGCCUACCGAGCCCGUGCGCAGGAGCUGGAGGCCGAGGUGGCGGAGAUGCGGCAGAUGCUGCAGUCGGAGCAUCCUUUCAUGAAUGGGGUUGAGAAGCUGGUGCCGGACUCUCUGUUUGUCCCAUUCAAGGAGCCCAGCCAGAGCCUGCUGGAGGAGAUGCUCCUGACGGCGCCCGAAGCACACAGAAAGCCUCUCAAGCGCAGCAGCAGUGAGACGGUGCUGAGCAGCCUGCUGGGGGGCGACAUCGUGAAGGGCCACGAGGAGACCUGCAUUCGGAGGGCCAAGGCGGUGAGGCAGAGGGGCGUCUCCCUUCUGCACGAGGUGGACACGCAGUACAGCGCCCUGAAGGUGAAGUACGAGGAGCUGCUGAAGAAGUGCCAGCAGGAGGAGGACUCCCUGUCCCACAAGGCCGUGCAGACCUCCAGGGCUCUGGCCAAGGACCCGGCCGCAGUGAGCACCCAGUCCACGCCUGGCACCAGCGGCUGGGAACCGGCCUGCGUCACCCCAGAGCCCAUUGGCUCCCCCACCACCACGACGCCUCCCGAAUACAAAGCGCUUUUUAAGGAAAUCUUUAGCUGCAUCAAGAAAACUAAACAGGAAAUAGAUGAGCAGAGAACAAAAUACCGAGCUCUCUCUUCCCAUUCCUAAGUGAACCUCCAGCUCCACUACUGAUUGGCGUGUUUCCUGUCACCUCUCUCCCACUCAGACAAGCGUUUGUAGACCACGAAGCCUGAUGUUGGCUCCUGACAUUUGCCUCACUGCUUUGCUUUUUGAGCAAAUGCAUACAGUGAGGAAGGAAGGUGGUCAGUUCUAAAAUCUAGUUCCGUUUAAGCUCCUCAGGAAACCCCAUGACAAACUGGCCUCUGGCUGGUGCAAUGCUUAGGUGCGAUUCCUUGAAAAGCCCCGGAACCAGUGGAGGGAAGAUCUGUGCUCCUGGAGAAUAGGCCUGGAAUUACGGUGCUGUGUAGUUGGUACAUAGGAUAUGUUAUACAGGGGAAAGGGCAGAGUUGAAACAAAGCAAAGGCAAUUCCUGCUGCCUCUUUGCUUAACUUCUCAAAACUACGUAGAAGUCGGACGGCUGCCAAAUGAAAAUACCUUUCGCAAACACUGUUGGAUACUGUGAAUUCAUUAAGAAGAAUGUUCAGGAGAAAGCAGGGGUCUAAUCCAAAAUAAAUAGCAUUAACAAAUAUUCCAGACCUUUGAGUUUGUACAUCUGCUACCAGUUGAAUUGUGACUGACAGAUAAUCCUAAUACAUGUAAAUCCAGCGGAAUACCAGACUGAGAGGGCAAGCUCUGGUUUGCCCAGCUAGCUUGUGAACGUAGCGCUAGAGGGCCUCCUCCCCACAUUCAAAAGUUCUUACUCAAAAAGCUGUAGUGGUUACGAUAGGCAAAUGUGUACAUCUUUCACUCUUUUUGUAAAUUCAAACUAAAGGGGCGAGAUGAAACCCCUUCGCCCUGCUGUGUUGUCUGAGCUGGUGAACCUGCCGGCGUCAGGUUGCUCUCGUCACUUCCGGCCAUUCCUGUACGUGUUUCUGACUGGCUGCAGAAAUCCCCAUCUGCCACUUUAUUAAACAGUGUUCAUGUUCUGACUGGAAAUACACUCAUCCUCUCACCUGCAUAUUUUUAAUUUAAAACUAUUUAAGAGAACUGGGGUUCCAGUUAUUGUAUAUAUUUUUCUAAGAACCAAAUAAAACAACCUGUGAAAUGAA